UCGUUCAUGCCAUCUGGUCCUGCGUGUGUUUUGAAUGUUUAUGUCAUUCAUGAAAGUAAAUUAACUACACUUGGGUUACACGCCACAACAAGUCUGGGUGGAAGCUCCUGUUUCAGCGGAUUGCCAAGAUGAUGUAUCCGCUGCAGCUGGCUGUCAUACUUAUGAGUUUGGUUUACCAGUUAAAUGAAGCAUUCUCCCAGCGUAUACCAUCUGAUUUCGUGUUACUUAAAACACCAUAUACAUUCCCCGAUAACCCCAGCAGCUGUGAGAGAGCUCAAUGGAGGAAGAGUUCGCCCACAGAAGCAACUAUCGCCACUUAUCAGAACCAGACCUGGCGGAUUGAAGAAGGCUUUCGAGAAGAAUUCACAUGGAAAGAAAACCACCUGCUACUCAACUCAGCCAAAUACACUGACCAGGGGUACUAUGAGUUUGACUGUAAUGGGGUUAAAAUUUCACGUAUACUGGAUGUUUUGUAUGCAAAAGACGUGCAUGUGAAAGAGAUGGACAACAUCACCCUCGACUGUUACGCAGUCAGUCCCAAAGAUGUGACGUGGCUGCAUAACAAAGAAAGAGUUUUGCACUAUAACGGAUCCAUAUACUCUGGCGAAGGCUACAAGGGAAGAGUAUCGCUGGAGGAGAACUGCUUUAAAACUGGCGAUUUCUCUUUGACUAUCACUGGAGUUCGCGAGACAGAUGCCGGGAUAUACCGUUGCUUUAAGGAUGAUGAAACAAAAGAAGGAUACCCACACACCACCUAUCAUCUGGCACAUGUGAAUGGGAACCGCUCCAGUCCAGGAGACCAAACAGACUCCAACUGCAAUGAAGCACUAUUUCUAAGGCUCGCCAUCGUUUUUGGCAUUUCAUUCAUCCUUACUUUAAUUUUAGUCAUUGUGAAACCUGAGCUGAAUUGUCAAUCCACAUCAGCUACAGCCACCGACCCCGAGCCAAACAGUGACGAAAAUGGCCGUAUGAUGUUGGAGGACAUAGCGUCACCCAAUAAUGACAAUCAGCCAAGGGUCCGUCCUUCUGUUCAGGAGAGCGAACCCACAGAGAAUAAGCCUUCCAACACCAAGCCUUUUUAAUCUGGCAGAACGAGGUCUGUAAAGAGACAUGACAUUAUAGGCCAGUUUCAUACCGCCUGCUCAAGCAAAACAACAGCAUUACUACAACACCAUACAAUGUUAAUUCAUGGUUAGUGGGGCCUUUAAGAACUAUUACAAAUUUGAUUGUUGCAAAUGAGGCAGGGCUUCAGACAACCUUUUUCACUAGAAGCACAGUGGCCCCCAACUUUUUAAAAAAUUUUAGGGGCACAACCAGAAAAUGUAGGAGCACACGCCGUAAAUCAACAUACUAACCAAAUAUUCACAUUUCAAUUAAUUUCCAGUCUAUUACUAAUAAAAAACUUUGAUAAUA